AUGGAGGCCGAUAUCAGAGCCGCCAUCCCGGAUAUCGAUCCCGUUGUCUCCGAAUAUUCGGUAGGCUAUCUUAGACAUGCAUCCACCGCGUGGGUAGGAGACGAGGAAUCCUCUGGUCUGUCUCCGCUAGCCGAGGCCGCUGCUGCUAUCACUGAGCUCCUUUUGUCCGCUUCCGGUGAUUCGGCUGGGUCCAACCAGGACAAGAUUCGAUCCAUAGUCUCUAAGUGGGUUGAAAAGUAUGAGGAAGUCAACAGUAGCAAUGGUGAGAGACGGGGACCGUCCGCCGUGAGGCGACUAGACCAGGCCAUCCAGGUUGGUGCUCAACGAAACAUGUCCUCGACUCUAGCUGUGGCUACCGGGAGUGUUGACCUUGAAUCUGCCAACGCUCGUAAGGUGGAGUCUAAGGUUGACCGAAAGAAGCUUGAGAAAGCAGAGCGUAAGAUCGCCGCCAAGCAGAGCAAGAAGCAGUUCAAGACGGUUGAGUAUGAAGCAUCUAAACUCAUCAACCAAGCAGAGGAUGCUCAGAGCUAUGAGGAGUUCUACAUGGCUGUCAACCCCUUACAGCUUGGUUCCGGCAGCGGUGCCGGCAAGACAAAGGAUAUCAAAAUUGAAAAUAUUGAUGUCGGUAUUGGUGGUACCCGUAUCUUAGCGGAUACGGACUUAACACUGGCAUACGGGCACCGUUACGGUUUGGUUGGUCACAACGGUGUUGGUAAAUCCACGCUGCUCAGGGCGCUCUCAAGACGAGAGUUACCAGUGCCUACACAUAUUUCUAUUCUCCACGUCGAACAAGAGAUCACCGGUGAUGACACAUCCGCCUUACAGGCUGUCUUGGACGCCGACGUUUGGCGAAAGGUGUUACUCAAAGAGCAAACAGAGAUAACAGCUCGUCUUGCCGAAAUCGAGUCACAGCGAUCGUCUAUGGCAGAUACUGCCGUAGAUGCUGCGAAGUUGGACAAUGACAGAGAAGCGCUUGACCAGAAAUUGGGAGAAAUCCAGGCCAAGUUAGCUGAGAUGGAGUCAGACAAGGCAGAGUCCAGAGCUGCUAGUAUCCUAGCUGGUCUGGGUUUCUCUGCUGAACGACAGCAGUUCGCAACCAAGACGUUCUCCGGUGGUUGGCGUAUGCGUCUGGCCCUUGCCAGAGCCCUUUUCUGCGAGCCCGAUCUACUACUUCUCGACGAACCGUCCAACAUGUUGGACGUCCCCUCGAUUGCUUUCCUUUCCAACUAUCUACUCACAUACCCGAGCACUGUCUUGGUAGUCAGUCACGACAGGGCUUUCCUAAACGAAGUCGCGACAGAUAUUAUACACCAGCACUCGAUGAGGCUCGAUUACUACAGGGGAGCCAACUUCGAAUCCUUCUACGCUACCCGAGAGGAGCGCAAGAAGACUGCAAAGCGAGAGUACGAAAACAACGUGGCGCAGCGCGCCCAUCUGCAGGCCUUCAUCGACAAGUUCCGAUACAACGCUGGCAAGGCUGCCGAAGCACAGUCGCGUAUCAAGAAGCUGGAGCGUAUGCCUAUUCUCGAACCGCCAGAGACAGAAUACAGCGUCAAGUUCCGGUUCCCAGAGGUGGAGAAGCUUUCGCCUCCAAUCGUGCAAAUGUCAGGGGUCACGUUUGGGUACAGCGAAGACAAGAUCCUACUACGAAACGUGGACUUGGACGUGCAACUGGACUCACGUAUCGGUAUUGUUGGGCCUAACGGUGCGGGUAAAACUACCAUCCUAAAGUUGCUUAUUGGCAAGUUAUCAGCAACCAAGGGUCUCAUUCAACAGAACUCGCGUCUGCGCAUCGGUUUCUUCGCGCAGCACCACGUCGACGCGCUCGAUCUCACCGUAAGCGCCGUCAGCUUCAUGUCCAAAGAAUACCCUGGUCGCACGGACGAGGAGUACCGCCGGACACUCGGCGCGUUCGGUAUUACGGGCACAACCGGCCUGCAGAAGAUGGAAGUCCUCUCCGGAGGUCAGAAGUCCAGGGUUGCGUUCGCAUGCUUGGCCCUCACGCAACCGCACAUAUUGGUUCUUGACGAACCGUCCAAUCAUUUGGAUAUCGAAGCUAUGGAUGCCUUGUCCGAGGCGCUGCGGGAGUUCCAAGGAGGUGUGCUCAUGGUUUCUCACGACGUGACGAUGUUGCAGACGGUGUGUACGAGCUUGUGGGUUUGCGAGAAUGGGACGGUUUGGAAGUUCCCCGGUGAUGUCCAGGCGUAUAAGAAGAGGAUUGCGGCGCAGGCGGAUGCGGCUGGUGUGGUUAAGGCGCAUUAG